GGGGGGGGGGUGUAUAACCACAGGGUUGUACACGUGUCUGUGAUGGUUACAACAAAAGAAAACGUAGAAAACGGCUAGUUUUAUAAAAUGUGUAACAUUGGAAACAUCAAGUAUUAACGACAAUAAAAGAUGGAUUUUAGUUGAUGUGAGAACAUAAAAUACAAAAUAUUUGAGUUAGUGUCUUUCUCUUUGCCUGAAGGGCUUGACGGUGAUCGUAUUACUGUUAUUGUCCGUUAUGACACAAUGACACAGUGACGCAGUCGCCUGUUUGCAACAACAACAACAACAACAACAACAAUAAUAGUUUUUUGUUGUCUUGAUCCAGUGAUCGCGCUUUUACGCAAUGCGUAAAGACAAGGUGGGAGAACGCCAUAUGCGACAACGUGUUAUUCACUCAUAAGACUUUUUUAAACUGAAUUAUGAAUUCAUUUAUUAAAAAAUUUUAAUUAUCAAACAUCGUCGAAGUGUUUACCUGAAACACAACGUAGUUGGUGGGAUUUUCGUUUACCGCUUUGUAGCCUAAAAUGUUUCAGGAGUCUCGUUUCCUCCUUCUGCCUUUUUAAUCGGUGCAAUAAAUUAUGUCUACGGUAGGUGGCGCUCAGAGCUCACCCCCGGCACCUCAGCAGCAGAAUAAAGGGAGAGUGAAGGAGGGAGUGAGGGAGUACUUCCCCGCCCAUCCCCUCAUCGUUAGAAUCCUCAGAGCAUGAAUUACUUCUCCAAAGUCAUCGGCGAAAAUUUACGACUGGUCAACAAAAGCACGUGACCGCCCCCUCCUUCACGUCUCUCUUUCUCCUCCCUCACCUCACCCUCACCUCCCCCAUCAGACACACACACCCCUCCAUCCAAGAAACACACACACACCACCCCACCCCCAUAUUUGGACGGAACAUACAUAGCUAAAAACGAAGUACAGUGCAACGCCAUAAUUCACUAAUACAUCAUAAAUCGUUGAAAGUACCCGCGUUAUAACGACCAAGAGAAAUCUAACAAAUCAAACGCCCCUUAGUUCUCAACUGUAAGACUGCAACUCUCUAAAACAAUCUAAAUGAGCUCUUACUUUGUAAACUCGUUCUCGGGGCGCUACCCAAAUGGCCCCGACUAUCAACUGCUAAAUUAUGGAAGCAGCAGCGGCGCAAUGAACGGCGGGACGUACAGGGACUCUUCCUCCGCCACCAUGCACCAUGCUACGGGCUCGUAUGGCUACAGCUACAAUGGCAUGGACCUGACCGUUACCAGUCGGGGAGGGGGGAGCAGCAGCACCGCCAGCACCGGAGGACACUUCGGGGGCGGCUCGGUCGUUGGAGACUCCCGGGGCUUCGUCUCUCCGGCCCCGGAAAGAGGUUUCAGACAGCCGUCCAGCUGCUCCCUCGCCUCGGCGGCAGACGCCCUGCUGGCACCCGGCACCGGAGACACCAAGCUGGGCGCCCACGGCGCGUCUCCCUGCUCGGAUCAACCAGGAAGCGGUAAUCUCAGCUCUCCAAACCUGUCCUCCAACUCCUCCGGCGGCGGCGGCGGCGGCGCGGCGCAGCGCUUCGCGGAGCUGGACGCCUCCUCGCCGGAGCCCGAGGACCUGCAGCACAGCCAGGACGCCGGCCGCGGCGGCAACGCGCCGCACCGGACCGGACACCCGCAGCCCGCGGGCACGCAGGACGGCGGCCCGGCGGGAUCGGCCGCUGGAAGCACGGCGGCCGGCGACGUUCAGCCGCCCCAGAUAUUCCCCUGGAUGAGAAAGCUGCACAUCAGCCAUGAUAUGACGGGCCCCGACGGGAAACGGGCGCGGACCGCGUACACCCGCUACCAGACGCUCGAGCUGGAGAAGGAGUUUCACUUCAACCGGUACCUCACGCGGCGGCGGCGAAUCGAGAUCGCGCACGCGCUCUGCCUCACAGAGCGACAGAUCAAAAUCUGGUUCCAGAACCGGAGGAUGAAGUGGAAGAAGGACAACAAACUGAAAAGUAUGAGCCUCGCCACCACCGGCAGCGCCUUCCAACCCUAAAAAUAACUCACACGAAAAAAGACGAAUCCAUUCAUCUCUGUUUGGAAAGAUUACUACCACGUUAGGCUUUUUUUCAGAAGGACAGUAAUUGACUAAAAUAAUAAAACACCAGAAGAAGCCAUUGCGCAAAAGAAGAAGACACGAAGAAGAAAUGUGUCUAUCACAAACAAAUUCCAUUAAAACACUUCUAUUAUUAGCUGAGUACUGUACAACAGCGCAGCACUUUUUAUUUGUUCGGCAUGUUUGGUCUUUGGUGUUUAGGGCGACGUGAAAAUGACUGUGGUACUUGCUCUAGUCAGAAAAAAAUCUAAAAAUGUUAGUGUUCAUGUGUGUUCUCGUCCUUAAAAAAAUGCUGCAGAGGAGCCGGGAUGAAUAUUCUACCGUUUCCUUGGUCCUACCUUCGUCCUAUGACCUUCAUACCUGUUGUGUUUAAUGUCUAAAUAUACUUUUAUGUGUCAGGUGCAACGUUUUGUAAUGGACUAAGUGAUUCUUAGAAAAGUUAGCAUGUAAGCUUUCAUUGUAAGUUAUUUACUACCCCCCACCACACACACACACACACACACACACACACACACACACACACACACACACACACACACACACACACACACACACACACACACACACACACACACACCUCCCUCGUUGUCAGUUACCUGCCAAUCACAUCUGCUCUUAUUUUUAAUUAAGGAUGCAGGAAGUCGUGAACGCGCGCAUGCGUUUGUUUGUCUAAAGACAAGUCAGGCCUGCAUUCAUCCAUCCGUGAUGCCGUGUAUAGAGCUUUUAUUCAAAAUAUGUAACUGUAUAUUAUUGUUAUUAUUGUAAUUAUUGAAUAUAUGUUUCAGAAAGGAUGUAUAUAGAUAUUGACAUUUUUAAAUGUUGGAUAUUUACAGUUGCUGUGUGUGUGUGUGUGUGUGUGUGUGUGUGUGUGUGUGUGUGUGUGUGUGUGUGUGUGUGUGUGUGUGUGUGUGUGUGGACACCUCGGUGGACCAUCACUGUGAGAACCUUUCAGCUGUUUCGUCCUCACACUUCGCAGCCUUGCUUCAGAGUUCAGGCUUGUUAGUGACAGCUUAUUGUCUCUGUGAGUAUCUAGUUUGAUCAUAGAGAACGUUGUAAUAAGAUGCGUGUGUGAGGGUGAAUGUUCGCAUGUGAGGGAAGCAGCUUCCGUCCUGUAAGGCCUGUGAGUUUUCUGCCAGUGAGCUUUUGUAUUUGUUUGUAACUUGAGUAGUAAAAAAAUAACAACUAAUAAAGUUCCUCAUAUUCA